AUGGAGAGCCCAGGGCCACCUUAUUUUCAAGGUUCAGCCCAGGAGCUUGGAUUCAGUGAUGGAGAUGAGUUUGUGGGGCAUUGUGAUUAUGAACUGGUUGGCCCCCUCUACACGUGGAAUCUCGCCUCAUCCUCUCGAUCCAACAUCUUCCGUGCUGCCACUUUCGCUCGGAUUUAUGGUGCUGGUGGCUGGUCCCCUGAUCCCAAUGACAAGCAGCCCUGGCUUCAGAUUGACCUGACAAAGAAAGCCCAUAUCAAAAGCAUUGCCACCCAGGGCACCUUCAAUAGCUACAAUUGGGUGACGCGGUACAUCGUCCUCUAUGGGGACCAUCCCAGUAACUGGAAGCCUUAUUUUCAACAAGGGAGCAAUUGGACAUUUUUUGGCAACGUGAAUGCAAGUGGUGUAGUCCGUCAUGAGCUGCAUUACCCCAUCUUGGCUCGCUACCUCCGCAUUAUUCCUGUGGCUUGGAAUCCACAAGGGAAUAUUGGUUUACGCGUGGGGCUUUAUGGCUGCUAUUACCAGUCUGAUAUCUUAUAUUUUGAUGGUGAUGACGCCAUUGCAUACAGGUUCCGCACCAAAACCAUCCGUACUACCCAAGACGUACUCGGGUUCAACUUCAAGACAAUGGAGCGUGAAGGCCUCCUAAUGUAUGGGGCAGGGGCCCAGGGAGACUACAUCCGUGUGGAACUGCAUCAGGCCCAGCUGGUUCUUAGCAUGAGUCUUGGCAACAGCUCACUCAACACCAGCGGAGGAGAGACAAAGAUGAAACUAGGAAGCCUUUUGGAUGACCAACACUGGCACCAAUUUCGUCUUGAACGCUACAGACAGUUUGUCAACUUCAGCCUGGAUGGGGAAGUCUUACGCUUCCGUCUAAAUGGGGCAUUUGAACAACUUGACUUGGACAAAGAGAUCUUCUUUGGAGGUGUGAUGAACCAUGAAAAACAUCGCCUUGCCUAUCAGCAGAACUUUCGUGGCUGCAUGGAAAACAUAGUCUACAAUCUGGUCUAUAUAAGCACCAUGGCAAAACUCCGCAAACCUGCUAUCCGAGUUGAGGGGCAUGUGGGCUUUUUCUGUCGGGACAACUUCUUGUUCCCCUUCACCUUUGCGGGGGUCAAUAACUUCUUGCAAGUGCCAGGGUAUCCCCGGCGCAAUCAACUGUCGGUCAGCUUCAGCUUUCGUACGUGGGACGUUGUGGGGCUGCUUUUGUAUACACCCUUUGCAGAUGACCUGGGCUGGCUUGAGAUGGUGCUGAGUGAUGGACAGAUCAAUGUAACCAUUGCUCAGCCGAAAACAAAAACCAAGAAAGUGGAGUUUGGAGCAGGAUACCGUUUAAAUGAUGGCUUCUGGCAUUCAGUGUCCUUAACAGUGCGUGAAAUCUCAGCUGUCAUCACCAUUGAUGACCAGAACGAUGCUAGCUUCCGUGUUGACCGAGACAUUCAGCUGCGCACUGGAAACCAGUACUUCUUUGGAGGCUGCCCCAAACCAGCAUCACGUACCGGUUGUGCCUCCAACCAGACAGCCUUCCAUGGGUGCAUGCAGAUGGUCACUGUGGAUCGGAAGCCCAUUGAAUUAGACAUGGUCCGCCAGCAUCGGCUUGGCAAGUACUUUGAAGUGUACUUCAACGUAUGUGGCGUCACUGAUAGGUGUACUCCCAACAUGUGUGAACAUGGUAGUCGCUGCAUCCAGUCCUGGGAUGACUUCACAUGCAUCUGUGACUUGACGGGUUACAAAGGGGAGACCUGCCACACUCCCAUUUACAAGGAAACCUGUGAUGCCUACCGACUCAGUGGUAAAACAUCUGGCAACUACACCAUUGACCCCGAUGGCAGUGGGCCCCUGAAACCUUUCACUGUUUACUGUGACAUUCGAGAGGAUCGGGCAUGGACAAUUGUUCGGCAUAAUCGAUACUGGCUUACAAAAGUGACAGGCUACAGCCCUGAAAACCCAUUCCUAGGCACUGUCGACUACUGGAAUGCAUCAUGGGGCGAGGUGUCAGCCCUGGCAAAUGCCUCUGAGUACUGUGAACAGCAGAUUGAGUUCUACUGUUACUUUUCCCGACUGCUGAACACUCAGACUGGAAUGCCACUGAGUUUCUGGAUGGGCCGAAAUGCAGAACGCCAUUAUUACUGGGGUGGGUCCCCACCAGGACUUGGACGUUGUGCAUGUGGCAUGGACAAGAACUGUGCUGACCCCCGUUUCUAUUGCAACUGUGAUGCUGACCAUGCCAUGUGGCGGGCAGAUAAAGGGCUGCUGAAUUUUGUAGACCAUCUUCCAGUCACACAGGUUGUGGUAAUGGACACAAACCGGACUGGUUCAGAGGCUCAAUUCUACGUGGGCCCAUUGCGUUGUUAUGGGGACCGAAACUCCUGGAAUACAGUCUCCUUCAUCAGAGGAACAGCUUUGCUCUUCCCCACCUUCCAGUUGAACUACAGUCUUGAUAUUAGCUUCUUCUUCAAGACUUCUGCUCCAUCAGGCACUUUCCUAGAAAAUGUUGGCCCAAGGAACUACAUCCGUGUAGAGCUCAAUACAACCCAGGACCUGGUCUUUGCUUACGACAUUGGAAAUGGUGAUGAGAAUUUGACAGUGCAUUCGGAGAUGCCCUUCAAUGACAAUGAGUGGCAUGAGGUGAAGGCAGAAAUCAAUGUCAAACUAGCUCGGCUGCGGGUUGACCGGAGGCCAUGGGUAAUACGAGCAGCCCCACCCCAUAGCUUCAUCCACUUGAAUCUCACUAAACCGCUCUAUGUGGGUUCUGCUGAAUACUAUCUGCGUCCCUUCUUGGGUUGCUUGCGAGGCCUACAUAUGAAUGGGGUGACUCUCAACUUGGAAGGGAAGGCCAAUGAGACAGAGGGGGUGCUAGUGAACUGCACUGGACAUUGCCGGAACCCCUUGGUACCAUGCCGGAACCAUGGCAUUUGCCUGGAGCAUUACAGCCACUACACUUGCAAUUGUUCUGUUUCUGCCUAUGAAGGACCAUUCUGCAAUCGAGACAUUGGUGCUUACUUUGAGACAGGCACUUGGGUGCGUUAUGAUAUCCUGACAAUGCCCUUGUAUGUGGUACGAGAGUUCGCAAACAUACUCCAUCAACCACUUCAGCCGCUCCCUGGCUACAACCUGACUGGGGAGGAAGUGGGGCUUAGCUUCCGCACCGCUUCUGCUCCUGCUGUCCUGCUUUACGUCAGCACCUUUGUCCGUGAUUACAUGGCCAUUUUGAUCCGUGAGGAUGGCACUCUACAGCUCCGUUAUCAACUGGGCACACUUCCUUACAUUGUGGCCCUAAGCACACGCUCAGUGGCCGAUGGGCAUCCACACCAGAUCAACAUCACUCGAGUGAAUCGAACUUUGUAUACACAGUUGGAUUACUACCCUACCGUGGUGCAUCAGUUCUCUCUCUUUGUGGACAGCAAACUUGAUUCCCCCAAGGCACUAUAUCUUGGCCGUUUCAUGGAGACGGGUACAAUCGACCCUGAGAUUCAGAGGUACAACACACCAGGUUUCACUGGUUGUAUCUCAGGAGUGAAAUUCAACAGUAUUGUGCCCUUAAAAGCCAUCUUUCGGCCCAGUGGCAGCAACCCCAUAACACCUUAUAGCAUCAAGGGACGGCUGGUGGAGUCUAACUGUGCCUCUAUGCCUUCCAGUUAUAUUGAAGUACCCCCUGAGCUUGAUCCCUGGUACAUUGAACCAGUGGAGUUCUUGUACAUCCAUGAUGAUGGCUGGGUUGCAAUUGUCAUUGGAGUUAUCUUUUUUCUACUUCUGCUCCUGGCGGCUGCCCUCAUCUUAAUGUACCUGCACCAUCACCGUUACAAGGGCUCGUAUCAUACCAACGAGCCAAAGGCCAUCCAGGACUACAAUAGUGGUGGUGGGAGCAGCAGUAGUGGAGGUGGUGGUGGAGGAGGAGGACCGGCUGCUCCCACGCCUGCAGCUAAGCCAGUUGCUUCGCGAAAGGAUCAAAACUUGCCACAGAUCCUGGAGGAGUCGAAAACAGAAUAGCCAACUGGAGCCCCAAGGGUUCAUCCUCCAGUCAUCGGUGCUGGCUGCAGCCUCUUGGCAGGACCAAACCUGAACUGCCAUCUGUGCCACUUGCUAGGAGGCUGUCUCCCCCACUCCCAAAUCUCCUCAACCAUCCCUGCGAGAUGGCCUGCCUGGUGCUUUGCCUUGUCUCACCUGCACAUCUUAUGGAGUUUUGCCGCAUUGCCCAAUUGGACCCAAUGUCACCCAGGAGGCAUCCAAUCAAAGAUUCCCCCUCCCCAUUUUUUGAAAUAACCUGAUUCCUACCAAAUGUAUUUCACACGAUUGAGGGAAUUUGGUUGGUGCCUGGGCAACUACCAAAGUCUUUCUUCUCCUCCACUCCACUUCUUCACACCACCACUCUUUGGGCAGUGUGGUUUCUUUCUUCAAACAAGAUGGGAUGGCAAAGGAGUGACAUGCAGCAGGCUGUGUCAACAGCCUCUUUUCCAGUUUGUCAGACUUUGUUGCAGCUAAACUUCAGAGCUCCUUCUAAUUGGAAGAGAUGUGACUGUCAGUACUGCACUUUCUUCUUUUUAUUUUUGUUUUUAAGGAACAAGGGAAAAUGCAAUGCAAUAUCCAUGCUGGCCUUCUCACAUGUUGAUUCGCUAGCACAUAGUCUUCCUGCUUAACUGCUUAGCAUUUUAAAAAAGCCAUUAGUCAAGCCAUGCAAUAUAGCAUAUUUAGAUUGUGGCACAUUAUAUUGUGCCCUGAAAGAAACCAAUGUGCAAUAUAGGUAUCUGCCUGCAGUAUAUAUGUGCAGCUGUAGCGCAUGGAAGAAUCACUCGCACUUUGCUACCACUUGCUGCUUUUCGUAAAUCAGGGUUUUGAGAAUUUUAAAUUCUUUCUACUUUUUUUUUUUUUUGGUUGUGAGUUAUUAGAAAAGUUUUUUUAUUCUAUCAGUUUGUAUAAAAACACAAAAGCAGAAGUCUGUUUUAAAGUGAAGUGCUGUUGUCUGUGGUCUGUAGUUUGCUACUUUGGGGGAGGAUGUUUUGCUCCAUGUGACUUCCAACCUUCUUCUUUCCUUACCUUGACAGCUAAGUUCACUUGUGACUUGUAUGAGAAGAUAUUGUAGCAGGGGCCAAAUGCAUUUAUUUUAUCCAAAAGGCCUGGGCUUAAACCUGGGCAGUUUAUUUUUUCUAAAGAGCUGUUUGUUUAGACAAAAUGUGAAGGUUACCAUAAAUAAAUAAACUAAAGGAAAAAAGGGCAGGGUGGUACAAUUGUGAUCAAACAUCUUUGGGGUCAG